AUUUAUCGGAAGAUGGAAGUGAUUGAUGUCUCCAAACAGUUUGAUCAGGCGACAGCAUUCGUCCGCUCAAUUGCAGGAGAGCUCAAUGAAGAACAGCUUCUUACACUUUAUGGAUUAUUCAAGCAGGUUGUACAGCAUUUUUUGGAAGCUUGGAACAAAUUGGGCGAGAAAAUAACAAAAGAGGAAGCUCAGAAGACCUAUAUUGAAGUGUUAUCCGUCAUUAGGCCUGAUUGGAAUACGACUCGCUCUUCAGAUCCGACCGGCAUCCGUGUCUGCGUUAGCCGUCCGGUUCCUGAGGCCGAGACGGAAGAGCCACCAGCUGACGCAGUUAAGACGCUUGUCGAUUUUGUUAAGGAUAAACAGUUCGAUAGAUUCUCUGCCACUCUGAGGAUGGAUUCCACACAGGCCAAUGUAGCCGAUGAAAUGGUAGGUCAAUAA